CUUAGCCCGUCAUGGCCUCCGCCUCUGUUUCCCUCUCCUCCCUCGCUUCCUCCGCCGCCGCCGCCGCCGCGAUCUCCUCCUCCCCCGGCUGCCCUCCUUCCAAACCCUUUCACGAUCCAAAACCUCUUCACCUUUCCGUCAGACUAUUCCCCCGUUUCGCCAAACCUCAGCCGCUCUCCUGCUCUGGGCCGCACGCCCCUCACGCCGCCACCGGCGACGGAUCGGGUGCCGGGAACCGUGGGGACGACUCGGGAAGAAACGGAGGAAAAGAUGGAGGUGGAAACGAUGGCGACGGCGGCGACGACGACUACGAGGAGGCCGAGUUCGGGCCGCUGCUCGGCUUCAGCGAGGUGGCGCGCCUCGCGGCCGCCCGCGGCGUCAAGCUCCCGGCCGACAUGAUUGAAGCGGCCAGGGACGCCGGCAUCCGGGAAGUGAUUUUGCUCCGAUACUUCGAUUUGCAGGCCGCACCGUGGCCACUCGCCGCGAUGAUCCGGGCCUUCUCAGUGCUCCGCAACAGAAUGCUCGCCGAUCCGUCGUUUCUCUUCAAAGUUGGCAUCGAGGUUGUGAUCGACUCCUGCUGUGCAACACUUGCGGAGGUGCAGAAGAGGGGGGAGGAUUUUUGGGCAGAGUUUGAGUUAUAUGCUGCUGACAUUUUGAUCGGGAUUGUUGUUGAUAUCGCCCUAGUUGGGAUGUUGGCUCCAUAUGUUAGAUUGGGAAAGGCGUCUUCGUCAACGGGGCUGUUGGGGAGGUUCAACCGAAUGGCUGGAGCUUUGCCAAGCAGUGUUUUUGAAGCUGAAAGGCCAGGCUGCAGAUUUACAGUCCAACAAAGAAUUGGGACGUACUUCUAUAAGGGUGUUUUGUAUGGCUCAGUUGGAUUUAUCUGUGGUAUUAUCGGUCAGGGAAUUUGCAAUAUGAUAAUGAAUGCCAAGAGGAGUGUCAAAAAAACAGAUGAAGAUAUUCCUGUUCCACCACUUAUUAAAAGUGCUGCUCUUUGGGGUGUAUUCCUUGCUGUAUCAUCUAAUACACGCUAUCAGAUCAUCAAUGGUCUGGAGCGAGUAGUUGAGGCAUCACCAGUUGCAAAGGGUGCCCCUCUUGUUGCAUUGGCUUUCACCGUUGGUGUUCGCUUUGCCAAUAACAUCUAUGGUGGUAUGCAGUUUAUCGACUGGGCUCGAUGGAGUGGUGUCCAGUAAUGGGAGGAAUUCAAGCAAGAGAUCCAUACAAGCUUCGUUGUCAGUUUUUCCACCUUUGCUGAGAGGCAAGCUGCAGCCCUGUGGUGAAAUUCGAUCACUCUGGAGAAAAGAAAAGCGAAGAAGCAGAUGAUAUUGCAAGCUUGCAAGGUCGUCAGACAUGAGCUAUGAACAGUAUCUUUUCAAUUAUUUCAUUUCUGUACCAAGUCAAACACUAGUGUAACGUGUCUAGCGCGUCGUUUAGUUUAAUCACAUGAGUAAUGUGAUGUGACUUGACUACCCAAAAUAAUGGUGUCGGAAGUAGGAAGGGUGCCUAUUAUAUUGGGAAAAAACUGGAGAAAUUUUUUUGCGGGCAUCAACUUA